AAUAUAUGAUGUAGUAAAGCAAGCCUAGCUUCGAACUCCUUUUUUCCCGUUUGUGUCAACUAAAUUUUGAAAUUACAUCACCAUGCUGGUGAGCUGCCCGGUGGUUUGUCCAGUUGAGAAACUGGUCAAGGAACUCAAAAAGCACCACGUGAUUCCCCGUCUGCUGGCCUGCAAGCCCACGAAGGUGAUCAGUGUGCUAUAUCCCUGCGAUAUCGACAUCAAGCCGGGCAUUAUGAUAGUGAUCAACGAAGUGCUGAAGCAACCGAUCAUUCGGUUUAAGGCCAAUCCGGAGCAGUUUCACACGCUGAUGAUGGUCGACUUGGACGUGCCGCCGGACAAUCACACGGAGUGGCUCAUUUGGAUGGUGGGCAAUAUUCCGGGCUGCGAUGUCGCCAUGGGUCAGACGCUUGUGGCCUACGACAACCGGCGGAGCAUCCACGGUCAAAACAUCCAUCGCAUCGUCCUCCUGGCCUUCAAGCAGUAUCUGGAGCUCGACUUCGACGAGACUUUCAUUCCCGAGGGCGAGGAGAAGGGUCGUGCCACCUUCAAUUGCCACAAAUUUGCGAGGAAGUAUGCUUUGGGCAAUCCGAUGGCCGCCAAUUUCUAUCUGGUGGAAUGGAUGUGGCGAUGGACACCCACCUUCCUGUCCUCGGAACACGAAAUGGAACAUUAACUCGCGGAGUAUUAAAUUUGUGUUGCACCAUUAACUAAAUGACGAGGACUUCACCUCGUCCGCUGGGUACGAUGCAGAUGAUGGGGAGAGGCGUGUCAUAAACCUAAAUGGGCCACAGCCCACUAAAUACUGUAAUAAUCGCAUAACGACGGCAAAAUAUAG